AUGACCGAGGAAACUCAUAACGCGCCCGUUGAACCAAACGCAGUUGAAGAACCACUAGAUUUGGUUCGUCUAUCGCUUGAUGAACGAAUAUAUGUGAAAUUACGUGGCGAUCGCGAAUUACGUGGAAAACUUCAUGCAUAUGAUGGUCAUUUGAAUAUGGUUUUAGGAGACGUUGAAGAAACUAUUACAGUCGUAGAAAUCAACGAAGAAACUUAUGAGGAAGUGAUUCGU